AUGGCGGAGGUAUGCAAAAGGCGUCUUGGCUGGACGCUGCUCUUUGCAGAUCGGUGGUUUGCUCUACCCACUAGAUCCCAUUCCCCUCCCCGGGCCGUGGGAGCCUGGCACCCCCUCACGGGCUCUGUCUGCCUUUGUCUGCAGGUCAGUUUCCCGGACGUGGAGAAGGCCGAAUGGCUCAACAAGAUCCUGGCCCAGGCCUGGCCUUUCUUCGGGCAGUACAUGGAGAAGUUGCUGGUGGAGAACAUCGCCCCCAUGAUCCGUGCCUCCAACACCCACCUGCAGACCUUCGCCUUCACCAAGGUCGACAUGGGCGAGAAGCCCCUCCGGAUCAUGGGCGUGAAGGUUCACACUGGCCAGAACAAGAAGCAAAUCCUGCUGGACCUGACCGUCAGCUACGUGGGGGACAUACACAUCGACGUAGAGGUGAAGAAAUUCUUCUGCAAGGCCGGGGUGAAGGGAAUGCAGCUGGGGGAGCAGCUGGCGAGUCUAACCCCCCCCAUUGCUUCCCCCCCCCAGACUCUGGACAUUAACUGGACGGGGAUGACCAACCUCCUGGACAUCCCAGGGCUCAGCUCCCUGUCGGACUCAGUGAUCAUGGACUCCAUCGCGUCUUUCCUGGUGCUGCCCAACCGCCUGCUGGUGCCCCUGGUGCCCAACCUGCACGACGUGGCCCAGCUCCGCUCCCCGCUGCCCAGGGGGAUCGUCCGCGUCCACCUGCGGGAGGCCAAGGACCUGCAGUCCAAGGACAAGUACGUGAGGGGGCUGAUCGAGGGCAAGUCGGACCCCUACGCCCUCGUCCGCGUGGGCACCCAGCUCUUCACCAGCCGGGUCGUCGACGAGAGCCUGAACCCCACCUGGAACGAGACGUACGAGUUUGUGGUGCACGAGGUCCCGGGGCAGGAGCUGGAAGUGGAGCUGUUUGACAAGGAUCCAGACCAGGACGACUUCCUGGGCAGGAUGAAGCUGGAUUUUGGGGAGGUGCUGCAGGCCCGCGUGCUGGAGGAGUGGUUCCCGUUGCAGGACGGUGGCCAGGGCCAGCUCCACCUGCGCCUGGAGUGGCUCACGCUCCUCUCCGACGCCUCCAAGCUGGAGCAGGUCCUCCAGAGGAACCGAGGAAUCUCCUCCAAGCCGGAGGCGCCGUCAGCCGCCAUCCUGGUCAUCUACCUGGACCGGGCCCAGGAGCUUCCCCUGAAGAAGCCCGGGAAGGAGCCCAACCCCAUGGUGCAGCUCUCGGUGCAGGACGUCACACGGGAGAGCAGAGUUGUCUAUAACAACAGCUCCCCAGUCUGGGACGAUGCCUUCCGCUUCUUCCUCCAGGACCCGGCCAAUCAGGACAUCGACAUCCAGGUGAAGGACGACACGCGCCAGACCAGCCUGGGCUCGCUCAGCGUCCGUCUGUCCCGCCUGCUGACGGCCGAGGACAUGACGCUGGACCAGUGGUUCCAGCUGGAGAACUCCGGCCCGAGCAGCCGAAUCUACAUGAAGCUCAUCAUGCGGAUCCUGUUCCUGGACGCCCCCGAGGUCUGCCACACCUCCCGGCCGUGCGUCCCGGGAAAGUCGGAUGUGGAGACCGGCAGCAGCGUGGACUUGCCGCCGCGGCCCAGCCGCGCCAGCCCCGACGCCCAGUUCGGCACCGAGAGCGUGAUCCGCAUUCACCUGCUGGAAGCUGAGAACCUCAUCGCCAAGGACAACUUUAUGGGCGGCAUGAUCCGGGGCAAGUCGGACCCGUACGCCAAGGUGCGGCUGGGCGGGCACAGCUUCCGCAGCCACGUCAUCAAGGAGGAGCUGAGCCCCCGCUGGAACGAGGUCUACGAGGUCAUUGUGAACGAGGUCCCAGGCCAGGAGGUGGAAUUCGAGAUCUACGACAAAGACAUCGACAAGGACGACUUCCUGGGCAGGUGUAAGAUCGCCCUGAAGCGAGUGCUGAGCAGCCGGUUCAUCGACGAGUGGCUCCCCCUGGAGGACGUGAAAUCCGGCCGCCUCCACGUGAGGCUGGAGUGCCUGCCCCCCACCCCCAACGGCGCCGAGCUGGAGCAGGUGCUGAUGGUGAACAGCCUGACCCAGACCCAGCGGAGCGCAGAGCUCUCGUCCGCCCUGCUCUCUGUCUUCCUGGACCGGGCGGCCGACCUGCCGCUCCGGAAGGGCUCCAAGCCCCCCAGCCCCUACGUCAGCCUCUCCGUCCGGAACGUCUCCUACAAGAGCAAGACAAUCACCUCCACCUCGGAGCCGGUCUGGGACGAAGGCUUCUCCUUCCUCGUCAAGCGCCCCCACGUGGAGUCCUUGGAGCUGCAGGUGAAGGACGAGGGGGGGCAGGGCCUGGGGGCGCUGAGCCUGCCCCUCACCCAGCUGCUGACGGCUGAGAAGCUGACGCUCGACCGCUGGUUCCCACUCAGCCACGCCGGCUCCGGCGGCCAGGUCCUGCUGCGGGUGCAGCUUGGGAUCCUGGUCUCCCAGCGCUCGGGGGUGGAGCCCCGCAGCGCCGCAGCAACUGGCGCGGAGACCGAGAGCCCCCCGGGGGGGUUGGAGCCGGAGCUCUACGUCAGGGAGGACGGGGACCCCGGGGGUGUCGGGCCCGCCCAGGAGCUGCGUCAGCGCCUCACCCACGCGGACAGCAGGAAGCUGAGGGCCAGUUCGAAGGACAUUCCCGACCCCUACGUCUCCCUGAUCCUCCUGCCCGACAAGAACCGCGUGACCAAGAGGAAAACCACCGUGCGGAAAAGGACCCUGAACCCCGAGUUCAAUGAGAGGUUCGAGUGGGAACUGCCCCUGGAGGAGGCCUCACGGAGGAAGCUAGAGGCCUGCGUCAAAAACAGCGUCUCCUUCAUGUCCCGGGAGAAGGAGCCCCUGGGGAAGGUGCAUCUUGACCUGUCGCAGAUGGACCUGGCCCAGGGCAAGGCCCAGUGGUACAACUUGAAAGACGACAGGAGCAGCUCUUAGUCCCCCUGGCAGCCCCCCGCUUCCCAGCAGGGUCCAGCCCACGCCCGCCCCCGGCGGCACCAGCCUUCGCUUGUGUGGCUCUGAGCACUCGCAUCUCUUCCGUUCUCUUCGGUGUAAAGCCGUGGGGGUGAACGCUGGGGGGAGGCUGUGGAUGGGGGUGUCACCACCCCCCUUCCCCGCCCUGCGGCACUGAUCAGGGAUGCCAAACGCAAUCUGCCUUUUAACUGACCAAAGAAAAUGGACCCGCGGGCGGAGCCAGGCAGGGGGCUGGGGCCUCGUCAGCUCUUGGGCCCGAUCCCAGAUGGAGCAGAGCUCGGGCGGCAGGAUGGGGCGUCUUUCCCCACCCCCCCAAGAACCCCACCCGCCUGUUCCGAAACGCAGGCCGUGCCGGACGGCACCGCGGGGCGGGAGUGGCCCGGCAGGUCCUAGCUGGCCGAGCUGCCGCAAUGUGGUAGAGAGAGCAGCCCAGAUCCCGGGGUGAGGGGCGCGGGUGAGACCCCGCCGAGCCGUGCAGGGCAGGGAUCCCGUCCUGCGCGGCGAGAACCGCAGGGGGUUUAUCGCCCCAAGAAGGAAAGAUCCCCCCGCCAGACCCUGUACCCAGCAGCCGGGCUCCCAGCUCCAGCACAGAACCGCCCGGCCCCCUCCACCCCACUGCAAAAUGUAGCCGCUCGUGCUCUUCGCUAAGGGUCUGGACACCCCCCACCCCACCCCCCCGCAGUGUCUCGCUCUCUCCAAGGUCCUUGCCUUGGUUUUCUUAUUUUUUUUUAUUUCCUUGUGCCAAUUUCUUGGCUUUUUUACAUUAUUUAUCUCACGUGCCUUUUAAUUCUUGUUUUCAAAGCAGCCGGCUCAGGGUGGGAGAGGCAGGCUCCGGGCUGGCUGGAUGGGGCAGGAGGGCUCUGCCCCACUCCUCCCCCUCCCGGGGCAUGGGGUGAAGGUAGAUUUGCUCUGGACGGUGCCCUGGUCCCUCCCUGCGGGAGCCGCCCCCUGCUCAAGCCAAAAACUCUCGCGCCGUAUUUAUCUGUAUUGUGGAGACGCCGCUUUUCGAGUGUUUGCAUCAUGAAGGUGCCACGCGGCCGGCGCCAGGCGGGCGCCCCCACUGCCUGCGAGGCCG